AUGUUGUUUUCCUUGAUUUUAAUUGUCGUCUGGCAUCCUUCUUCAAUCUUGGAUUUAAGUCAUUCAGUCCAUCACGUUUUUGUUGCUGAAUCUACUACUUCUGCUGAGGCCAACUUAGUUGUUGGGUCUGAUUCUUUUGACUUUAUCCAUGAUACCGGUGCUACCAGUCACAUUUGCAAUAACAUCUCAUAUUUUUCUUCUCUUCGUCCCACUUCGGCUACCAUUCGUGGUCUUGGUUCUGCUACUGCUGAGGGGGUUGGCGACAUUGUCGUUGAUCUUCUUGGUAAAGAUGACCAGCCUUGUGACCGCGUUGUUCUUCGAGAUGUUUUAUAUGUUCCUAAGAUUCCUCGCAAUUUAUUUGCUGCUCGUCGAGCUACUGCUGGUGGUUGUCGGUUCAUUCAAGACCUUAACCAUAUUUCUGCUGUUGAAAAUGGCAAAACUCGAGUCCACGCCAUUGCCAUGGGUGACUUGUACUUUUGUCGUUUUCGAGUUGUUUUGCCUUCCAAGCCAGUUCAUGAGGUGUUUGCUGUUGAGUCGUCUGCCAAUCUUUGGCACAAGCGACUUGGUCACGCCAGUGUGGACGUUCUCAAGAAAUUAUCUAAGUCACUUUCUGUCAAGCCUACUCAUUUUGAGGUUGUGGAUAGUCAUAAGUGUGACGCUUGCUUUGGUCGUCCUUUGGAAUUAUUUGUUUCUGAUUUGAGCGGUCCUCAUGUCGCUACCCCUGUGGGUCAUCGUUAUGUCUUAACCAUUAUGGAUUAUUAUUCCAGGUACUCUUAUGUUGAGUUGUUGGUUAGGAAAAGUGAUGCAAGUCUUGCCAUUCGUAACUUUAUUGCUAGGUGUGAAUCUUAUUUUUCUGGUGAUUCUGCUGGUGAUCGAGUUGCAUAUUUUCAUUCUGAUAAUGGCGGCGAAUACAUUUCCAAAGACCUGGAGCAGUUCUUUGUGUCUAAGGGUAUCAAGCAUACUUAUACAGUUCCUCAUACUCCUCAACAAAAUGGUGUUGCUGAGCGAUUGAAUCGCACAUUAUUUGAGAAAGCCAAGUCUAUGCUUUUAUAUGCUCAUGCUCCUGAAUACUUAUGGGGUGAAGCUGUCAAGUCUGCUAAUUAUAUUAGGAACCGUCUUCCUAGUCGUACCACUGGUGGUGUUGCACCUCUUCAACUUUGGACUGGUAAACCUCCUAGUUAUCACCAUAUGAAAGUAUUUGGUUGUCAAGCUACAGUUGUUCUUCCUGGUGCUAAAAGAGAAUCUAAGUUAAGUUCAAAUGCUGAAGCUGGUGUUUUUGUUGGGUAUUCUUUGGAUCGUACAGCUUAUCGAGUUCUUCUUGAUUCAAGCAUUGUUGAAGCCAGGAGUGUUUACUUUGAUGAGUCCAAAUUUCCAUUCAUGAAAAGUGAUAAAGACUUGUCUAUUAAUGGUACUGGUGUUGGGUUUAGUGUUGGUUCUGGUUCAGGGUCCAUGUCAGGACCUUGUUUUGAUUCUAAGGGGACUGGUUUAGGAUCUAAUGUUAGGGUUAAUUCUAUUGCUAGUUCUGAUUCAAGUUCUGGUUCUAGUUUUGGGUCUCAUAGAUCUUUACCAGCAUCCUCAUCUGGUUCUGGUUCUAUUUGUGCGUUACCGUCUCCGUCUCCGUCUUCUUCUCCGUUUCAUUCUCCGUCGCCGCCUCCUUCUUCUUCUUCUUCUAUUAUUGUUCAUAAGCCUCGUUCUGUUCGUCGCAUUUUGUCUACACCUUCUGCUCCUCUUGAGUCUCCUACUCUUCCUUCUAUUGCUUCAGUUCCAUCUCUUCCUAGUUCUCCUAUUCUUCCACCUUCAGAUCAUGAUGUCUCUAUCUCUCCUGACUCUAGUCCUAUUAUUUCUUCUUCGGAAUAUAUUCCUUCACAAUUAGACUUAUCUGAAGCUGGUCCAUCUAUUAAUGAAUCUGAUAUUUCAGGUGAUUCUGGGAUCUCGCAACGAGGGGGUGAUAUUGGGUUUCAACCGUCUAUCAUUGCUUCGUCUCCCACUCCACCACCUUCUGUUGAAUUGGAAGUAGUGCCACUUAGUCAAGAAUCUCCUUCGUCUGAUCUUGUUAAUUCUCUUGACCAAGCUGGUGUUAGUGUUGUCACUAAGGAUGAUACUCAAGCUGUUUUGCCUAAAUCUCGAUCUCGUGUUGUUGCUGUUCGUUUACCUUCUAUAACUCCUGCCAAACGCCCGAGUUCUGAUGACAUUGUUUCACCUCCUUCUAAACACCUUUGUGAAAAUUCUUUGAAACAAUCUCCAGUGUCUGCAACACCUGCAAAACGUCCAGCUGAAGAAGAGUGUAUUUCUUAUCGUCGUCUCAAAUCUCUCCGCUUUGAUGAAGAAGCUGAGUUUUGGCUUGAAGCCUGUGUUAUUGAAAUGUCGUCUCUUAAACGCAAUGGUACUUGGGAAUUGGUUGAUCUCCCACCUGGUCGCAAGGCUAUCAAUAGCAAAUGGGUGUUUAAAGUUAAGCGCAAAGCUGACGGUUCAAUUGAACGUUACAAAGCUCGUCUCGUGUGUAUUGGAUUUUCGCAAGUUGAAGGUAUUGAUUAUACUGAAACUUUUGCUCCUGUUGUUCGUUACGAGACUGUGAGGAUUGUUCUUGCUAUUGCUGCUCAGUUUGGGUUCCAGGUUCAUCAUAUGGAUGUCGAGACUGCAUUUCUUAAUGGUGAUCUCAAAGAAGAUAUUUAUAUGAGACAACCUAAAGGCUUUGUUGUCAAAGGUCAGGAAUCUAAAGUGUGUCAUUUGAAGAAGUCUUUAUAUGGUUUAAAGCAAGCUCCUUUGUGUUGGAAUGAGAAGAUUCAUGGUGCUCUUGUCAAACUUGGGUUUAUUCGUAAUGAAAGUGACUACGGUGUGUAUACCAAAGGAUCUGGGUCUACCAUGGUCAUUAUUGCACUGUAUGUUGAUGAUUUACUUAUUUCUGGCAAUUCUUCUGAGGUCAUUGCCAAAACCAAGUCUUCUUUGUCAUCUAUGUUUAAGAUGAAAGACUUGGGCCCAGUCGAGCAGUUCCUUGGCCUGAGAGUUAAGCAGUCACCUUACCAUAUUACUGUGGAUGUUUCACGUUAUAUUUUUGACAUGUUAGAGGAGUUUGGUAUGCAGAACUGUUCAAGUGUCAAGACUCCUUUACCCACUCGCGAUCUUUCUGAUUUUUCCGAGUCUGACUCUGCUACCGAUGCCUCCAUGUAUCGCAGUAUUAUUGGUAAGCUGAUUUAUGCUGCUAAUUGUGCUCGUCCUGAUCUUGCUGUUGCUGUUAGCUUUCUUUGUCGAUAUAUGCAGAAUCCUAAGUCUAUUCAUAUGGAAGCUGCUAAGCAUACUCUUCGUUAUCUUAAGGGUACUGCUGAACUUGGUCUUGAAUAUCGAGCUCAGAAAGUCUACAAGCUUGUUGGCUAUAGUGAUGCCGAUUAUGCACAGGACAAGCAGGACCGUAAGUCCUUUACUGGGUAUGUUUUCAUUCUGUCUGGUGGUCCCAUUACUUGGGCUUGUCGAAAGCAAGUUAGUCCUGCAUCGUCCAGCGUCGAGUCUGAGUACAUGUCAUUGUCUGAUGCGUCUAAGGAAUGUUUCUGGAUUAAUCAGUUGUUGUCCCUUUGCAAGAUUCCUGUUCCGUUGCCAGUGACUAUGUUUGAGGACAAUCAGGGAUGUAUUGCUUUGGCUCAGAACCCAGUGUUUCAUCGUCGCACCAAGCAUAUUGAUGUUCGGUAUCAUGUUGUCCGUCACUAUAUUCGCAGUGGAGUGAUUCAUCUGGAGUAUCUUGAUACUCAAGUGAUGUUGGCAGAUAUGUUUACUAAGAAUCUUGGUCGUGUGAAGUUUGAGACAUUGAGGGGACUACUUGGUAUGAAGGCAGUAGGUGAUUCUGCGACAAGGGGAGGUGUUGAGCAUGCAAUGUUGUCGCAGACUAGUGCAGUUGAUAAUGGACGACUUGAUAUUGAUUCAGUUGGUUCCACUGAUGAUUCUUGUUUUAAUUCUGAACCGUAUGUCGGUUCUACUGUUGUUUGUUUGGAGUCUGAACCGUGUGUCAGUUCAGCUCCUAUUUGUUUUGAUUCUGAAUCGUUGGUCGAUUCGGAUAUUGUUCCUUUUGAUUCUGAACCGUUGGUCGGUUCUUCUUUUAUUUCUUGUUCUGAUUCUAAACCGUUGGUCGGUUCUGAUGAUGAUAUUGUCUUACCUUCUUUUGAUUUUUUGGUGGAUUCAAUUACUGAACCUUCUCCACCUAAUGUUAAACCUAUUGUUACACCAAAAUCCCGUUUUUCUCCAUUCUUUUACUUAUCUUUUGUUACCAUCAUGUUGUUUUCCUUGAUUUUAAUUGUCGUCUGGCAUCCUUCUUCAAUCUUGGAUUUAAGUCAUUCAGUCCAUCACGUUUUUGUUGCUGAAUCUACUACUUCUGCUGAGGCCAACUUAGUUGUUGGGUCUGAUUCUUUUGACUUUAUCCAUGAUACCGGUGCUACCAGUCACAUUUGCAAUAACAUCUCAUAUUUUUCUUCUCUUCGUCCCACUUCGGCUACCAUUCGUGGUCUUGGUUCUGCUACUGCUGAGGGGGUUGGCGACAUUGUCGUUGAUCUUCUUGGUAAAGAUGACCAGCCUUGUGACCGCGUUGUUCUUCGAGAUGUUUUAUAUGUUCCUAAGAUUCCUCGCAAUUUAUUUGCUGCUCGUCGAGCUACUGCUGGUGGUUGUCGGUUCAUUCAAGACCUUAACCAUAUUUCUGCUGUUGAAAAUGGCAAAACUCGAGUCCACGCCAUUGCCAUGGGUGACUUGUACUUUUGUCGUUUCCGAGUUGUUUUGCCUUCCAAGCCUGUCCAUGAGGUGUUUGCUGUUGAGUCGUCUGCCAAUCUUUGGCACAAGCGACUUGGUCACGCCAGUGUGGACGUUCUCAAGAAAUUAUCUAAGUCACUUUCUGUCAAGCCUACUCAUUUUGAGGUUGUGGAUAGUCAUAAGUGUGACGCUUGCUUGGGUGGCAAAGCCACAGCAUUGCCAUUUAAUGGUACCACAGAAAAAGCUAGUCGUCCUUUGGAGUUAUUUGUUUCUGAUUUAAGCGGUCCUCAUGUCGCUACCCCUGUGGGUCAUCGUUAUGUCUUAACCAUUAUGGAUUAUUAUUCCAGGUACUCUUAUGUGGAGUUGUUGGUUAGGAAAAGUGAUGCAAGUCUUGCCAUUCGUAACUUUAUUGCUAGGUGUGAAUCUUAUUUUUCUGGUGAUUCUGCUGGUGAUCGAGUUGCAUAUUUUCAUUCUGAUAAUGGCGGCGAAUACAUUUCCAAAGACCUGGAGCAGUUCUUUGUGUCUAAGGGUAUCAAGCAUACUUAUACAGUUCCUCAUACUCCUCAGCAAAAUGGUGUUGCUGAGCGAUUGAAUCGCACAUUAUUUGAAAAAGCCAAGUCUAUGCUUUUAUAUGCUCAUGCUCCUGAGUAUUUAUGGGGUGAAGCUGUCAAGUCUGCUAAUUAUAUUAGGAACCGUCUUCCUAGUCGUACCACUGGUGGUGUUGCACCUCUUCAACUUUGGACGGGUAAACCUCCUAGUUAUCACCAUAUGAAAGUAUUUGGUUGUCAAGCUACAGUUGUUCUUCCUGGUGCUAAAAGAGAAUCUAAGUUAAGUUCAAAUACUGAAGCUGGUGUUUUGUUGGGUAUUCUUUGGAUCGUACAGCUUAUCGAGUUCUUCUUGAUUCAAGCAUUUGAUAAGGACUUGUCUAUUAAUGGUACUGGUGUUGGGUUUAGUGUUGGGUCUAGUAUUGGUUCUGGUUCAGGGUCCAUGUCAGGACCUUGUUUUGAUUCUAAGGGGACUGGUUUAGGAUCUAAUGUUAGAUCUUUACCAGCAUCCUCAUCUGGUUCUGGUUCUGGUUCUAUUUGUGCUUUACCGUCUCCGUCUUCUUCUCCGUCUCAUUCUCCGUCGCUUUCUUCUUCUUCUUCUUCUAUUAUCGUUCAUAAGCCUCGUUCUGUUCGUCGCAUUUUGUCUACACCUUCUGCUCCUCUUGAGUCUCCUACUCUUCCUUCUAUUCCUUCUGUUCCAUCUCUUCCUAGUUCUCCUAUUCUUCCACCUUCAGAUCAUGAUGUCUCUAUCUCUCCUGACUCAAGUCCUAUUGUUUCUCCUUCGGAAUAUAUUCCUUCACAAUUAGACUUAUCUGAAGCUGGUCCAUCUAUUAAUGAAUCUGAUAUUUCUGGUGAUUCUGGGAUCUCGCAACGAGGGGGUGAUAUUGGGUUUCAACCGUCUAUCAUUGCUUCGUCUCCCAUUCCACCACCUUCUGUUGAAUUGGAAGUAGUGCCACUUAGUCAAGAAUCUCCUUCGCCUGAUCUUGUUAAUUCUCUUGACCAAGCUGGUGUUAGUGUUGUCACUAAGGAUGAUACUCAAGCUGUUUUGCCUAAAUCUCGAUCUCGUGUUGUUGCUGUUCGUUUACCUUCUAUAACUCCUGCCAAACGCCCGAGUUCUGAUGACAUUGUUUCACCUCCUUCUAAACACCUUUGUGAAAAUUCUUUGAAACAAUCUCCAGUGUCUGCAACACCUGCAAAACGUCCAGCUGAAGAAGAGUGUAUUUCUUAUCGUCGUCUCAAAUCUCUCCGCUUUGAUGAAGAAGCUGAGUUUUGGCUUGAAGCCUGUGUUAUUGAAAUGUCGUCUCUUAAACGCAAUGGUACUUGGGAAUUGGUUGAUCUCCCACCUGGUCGCAAGGCUAUCAAUAGCAAAUGGGUGUUUAAAGUUAAGCGCAAAGCCGACGGUUCAAUUGAACGUUACAAAGCUCGUCUCGUGUGUAUUGGAUUUUCGCAAGUUGAAGGUAUUGAUUAUACUGAAACUUUUGCUCCCGUUGUUCGUUACGAGACUGUGAGGAUUGUUCUUGCUAUUGCUGCUCAGUUUGGGUUCCAGGUUCAUCAUAUGGAUGUCGAGACUGCAUUUCUUAAUGGUGAUCUCAAAGAAGAUAUUUAUAUGAGACAACCUAAAGGCUUUGUUGUCAAAGGUCAGGAAUCUAAAGUGUGUCAUUUGAAGAAGUCUUUAUAUGGUUUAAAGCAAGCUCCUUUGUGUUGGAAUGAGAAGAUUCAUGGUGCUCUUGUCAAACUUGGGUUUAUUCGUAAUGAAAGUGACUACGGUGUGUAUACCAAAGGAUCUGGGUCUACCAUGGUUAUUAUUGCACUGUAUGUUGAUGAUUUACUUAUUUCUGGCAAUUCUUCUGAGGUCAUUGCCAAAACCAAGUCUUCUUUGUCAUCUAUGUUUAAGAUGAAAGACUUGGGCCCAGUCGAGCAGUUCCUUGGCAUGAGAGUUAAGCAGUCACCGUACCAUAUUACUGUGGAUGUUUCACGUUAUAUUUUUGAUAUGUUGGAAGAGUUUGGUAUGCAGAACUGUUCAAGUGUCAAGACUCCUUUACCCACUCGUGAUCUUUCUGAUUUUUCCGAGUCUGACUCUGCUACCGAUGCCUCCAUGUAUCGCAGUAUUAUUGGUAAGCUGAUUUAUGCUGCUAAUUGUGCUCGUCCUGAUCUUGCUGUUGCUGUUAGCUUUCUUUGUCGAUAUAUGCAGAGUCCGAAGUCUAUUCAUAUGGAAGCUGCUAAGCAUACUCUUCGUUAUCUUAAGGGUACUGCUGAACUUGGUCUUGAAUAUCGAGCUCAGAAAGUCUACAAGCUUGUUGGCUAUAGUGAUGCCGAUUAUGCACAGGACAAACAGGACCGUAAGUCCUUUACUGGGUAUGUUUUUAUUCUGUCUGGUGGUCCCAUUACUUGGGCUUGUCGAAAGCAAGUUAGUCCUGCAUCGUCCAGCGUCGAGUCUGAGUAUAUGUCAUUGUCUGAUGCGUCUAAGGAAUGCUUCUGGAUUAAUCAGUUGUUGUCCCUUUGCAAGAUUCCUGUUCCGUUGCCAGUGACUAUGUUUGAGGACAAUCAGGGAUGUAUUGCAUUGGCUCAGAACCCAGUGUUUCAUCGUCGCACCAAGCAUAUUGAUGUUCGUUAUCAUGUUGUGCGUCACUAUAUUCGCAGUGGAGUGAUUCAUCUGGAGUAUCUUGAUACUCAAGUGAUGUUGGCAGAUAUGUUCACUAAGAAUCUUGGUCGUGUGAAGUUUGAGACAUUGAGGGACUACUUGUUCAACACUUUACCCACUCGUGAUCUUUCUGAUUUUUCCGAGUCUGACUCUGCUACCGAUGCCUCCAUGUAUCGCAGUAUUAUUGGUAAGCUGAUUUAUGCUGCUAAUUGUGCUCGUCCUGAUCUUGCUGUUGCUGUUAGCUUUCUUUGUCGAUAUAUGCAGAAUCCUAAGUCUAUUCAUAUGGAAGCUGCUAAGCAUACUCUUCGUUAUCUUAAGGGUACUGCUGAACUUGGUCUUGAAUAUCGAGCUCAGAAAGUCUACAAGCUUGUUGGCUAUAGUGAUGCCGACUAUGCACAGGACAAGCAGGACCGUAAGUCCUUUACUGGGUAUGUUUUUAUUCUGUCUGGUGGUCCCAUUACUUGGGCUUGCCGAAAGCAAGUUAGUCCUGCAUCGUCCAGCGUCGAGUCUGAGUACAUGUCAUUGUCUGAUGCGUCUAAGGAAUGCUUCUGGAUUAAUCAGUUGUUGUCCCUUUGCAAGAUUCCUGUUCCGUUGCCAGUGACUAUGUUUGAGGACAAUCAGGGAUGUAUUGCUUUGGCUCAGAACCCAGUGUUUCAUCGUCGCACCAAGCAUAUUGAUGUUCGUUAUCAUGUUGUCCGUCACUAUAUUCGCAGUGGAGUGAUUCAUCUGGAGUAUCUUGAUACUCAAGUGAUGUUGGCAGAUAUGUUUACUAAGAAUCUUGGUCGUGUGAAGUUUGAGACAUUAAGGGGACUACUUGGUAUGAAGGCAGUAGGUGAUUCUGCGACAAGGGGAGGUGUUGAGCAUGCAAUGUUGUCGCAGACUAGUGCAGUUGAUAAUGCACGUGAGUUUGGGUGGGAAACUAUGGUUGAUAACCUAUGUUUAUUUUAG